AUGGUCGACAACAAGUACUUUGAUUUCGAGGCCCUGCCUGAUGAGAUCCUGCUCUUAAUCAUCUCAUACCUUCCGUGCAAGACUCUGAUAUCCAUGUGCAGUCUAUCGCACUUUUGGCGCCAGCUCAUAUGUAAUAGUCAAACAUUUCGGCGCGAGUUUGAGUUUAUCAAAGAUGGGGCAAUAACUGAAGACAGUGUCAUCGCGUACGUCGCGAAGAAUGUACCAGAGAUUGUGCGCAUCAACGCUUCGAAUCCGCUCUUCUGGCAAAUACUGGAGGAAGAAAGUCCUGUUCCUGAGGACUCAAUGGUAGAACCCGACCCGGAAAUGUAUUUUUCUUUGCCGCGCUUCCUUACUCGAUGCCGCGCAAUCAGAAAUGACGAUAUUUCAAGGAAUCGGUUCGUUGACUUGUGUGAUAUGGUCGAACAGGCGGAUCCAUCAGAUAAGCUUGACUAUGAUCCAAUUUCUCCCACAAUACCGUUGGACAGCUUUACGUGGCGAUAUUGGUCCUCUAGUCCUCUAAUUGAUGAUUUGUUGGAUUACGCGACAUUUGCUGAGAUUUGCACACAUAUACAUUUGCGCUUGAAUACGUGGGAUACUGCGGUGUGGGAGUGCGAGAGCAAUUCAGAUCAAUCUGACUCUGGAAUAGUAUGGGAGAUUUUACGAGGCGUUCAGAUGCUUAGUAUUCCGCUCGAUGCGAUGAUGACGUAUUUUUGCGCAGCAGCGGAGAAUAGUCAGGUACACCUAGGCAUAAAAUACCUACGAUUUCUUGUUCAGCCAGGAUCUUCAGUCACCAUCGAGAGCCAACAACUCAGAUGGGGCCAGCAGUUCGAAAACCUACAUGACCUCAUCAUCAACGACGACGUGCAUGGGGAUUUUUAUUCUCCUCGUCCUCGUCACGAGAUCUCUCAGGAUCUGCUGGCCCAGAUUUUGCUAGCUAUGCCGAAUCUUGGGAAACUUGUGCUAUGCGACUUUCACGUGUUAUCUGACGAUGAAAAGCAAGAGUGUCUUGAUAUGCGUCAGCGCAAAUGCAUUCUUCAUGUUGAUUUCUCCGGGACUGAGUUUGCGUGUGGUUUCCCUUUACUGAGUGAUAAAUGCUAUUAUAUCAUGCUUCGCCGGUCGCCACAUAUUGCAGACUUACUUGGUGCAGGAACAAAAUGCGUAUCUAUCUUUCAACAUUCAACUUUUAUCGAUCUAAGUGGCAACUCCGAGAUCACUGAUGCGAUGCUUAUAAAUAAUUGGAUCUUCGCAGAGGUGUUGGAACGCGGAUAUUGGAGGGGCAGAAUUGCGCUGAGGAAUUGCCCUGGACUUCGGUUUUCGUCUCAAUUGCAUGAGCAUCUGAUGCACUAUCACACGAUCGACCUGAGCCGAAACGAAGCCGUCACAGAUGAUGUCCUAUCUGGCUUGCUUCAGAUUGCGGACGCGGCGCCAGAUAGGCUUGAAAGUCCCUGGUUUGUCGAUGUAAGCCGGACGUCAGUGACUGAACAGGCAUAUAAGCGAUUUAUGAAACAGUAUAAGCAUGUGCAUGUCGACUGGUGCAGGUCUGAGGAAAUUGGGGAGAGCUUCAAAGAAAAGAAUCGGGAGAAAAUGAUUUCUGACUCUAUGACAUGA